AAGAGAGAGAAAAAGUGGUAUGCAAUAGCAAAUAUAUUAAGCGAAAGAGAGAGGGAGAAAAAAAGACACGUGUUCUCGAGGAUAAAAGAAGGCAAUCUUGAUCGAAAAUUUUUUCUGUUUUUUUUUUUUUUUUUUAUACAGUUAAAACGUCCUUGAACGAUAAUAAGCGAAUGAACGAAUAGAACGAGAUGUUUCCGGCGAAUUCACAAUUUGGCGGCAAUUUGAUAUGCGCAAUGGCGAGAACGUAGCAUAGCGCCGUGAUUUUAGACAAACUGAUGAAAGUGCGCAUUAAAGGGGAGAAUAAAGCAGAAGAAGAAGUCGUUAAGAUAGAUAGGUAAAAGAAAGAGAGAGAAAAAGAGUACGAGAGUACGAGAGAAUAAUUGACAGUCAGCUUUUUAUUCAUCAUCGAUGUGGCGCCGACAGAGCGGCGAUCGGUACAACGACAAGUUGUUAGAUGCGUCCGCACGAGAGGAGAUUUAUUUAAUAAUAAAAGAAUAGAAGAACCACAUUAAGAAAAGAAGUCAUUUAAAGAUUUCCUCAUCCCUAAUAUUUCUCAGCUGGAUCGCGUGGAAAUACGAGGUUUCUUUCGAACGGCGAUACACAACACAUCGUGAAGAAAGAGAAGGAGUGCGCACUCGAUAGAAAGAAAGAAAGACAGAAAGAGAAAGAGAGAGAGAGAGAGAAAGUAAGAAAGAGAGAGAGGGAAAGAGAGCGAGAGAGAGAGAGAAAGAGUUGACGGAGAGGACGAAGAACAUAAUCGUGGAGAGCGCGUACCGGCUGACUCUGGAGAGCAGCAGUUCUUCCUUGAUUCCAUUCGUUAAGACGCGAGAUUCGAAAAGACGAUGAGAGGAGCGUGCUGACGACAACGACGACGUCGCGCGUUAAAGAUUCGGAAACUAUGGCGAACAUCGCGGCGCAGCGAAUCAAACGGGAAUUCAAAGAGGUUAUAAAGAGCGAGGAGGUUGCAAAGUGUGCAAUCAAAGUCGAGUUGGUAAAUGAUAGCUUCACUGAAUUAAAAGGGGAAAUAGCUGGACCACCAGAUACACCUUAUGAAGGAGGUAAUUUUGUACUUGAAAUCAAAGUACCUGAGACGUAUCCCUUCAAUCCUCCUAAAGUUCGUUUUAUAACAAAAAUAUGGCAUCCCAACAUAUCUUCCGUCACAGGUGCUAUUUGUUUGGAUAUAUUAAAAGACCAAUGGGCAGCUGCAAUGACCUUACGAACAGUACUGCUGUCAUUGCAAGCCUUGUUAUCUGCGGCAGAGCCUGAUGAUCCUCAGGAUGCAGUAGUAGCUAAACAAUAUAAAGAGCAGCCUGACAUGUUUCGUCAAACUGCUAAACAUUGGACAUUUGUAUAUGCGGGUGGUCCCGCAAAAAUGCCCGAGCUAGAUGAAAAAAUAAGACGAUUAACGGAUAUGGGAAUCGAAGAACAUAAUGCAAGAGUUGCCCUUUCCUCGUAUAACUGGGAUUUGGAACGUGCCACCGAACAGCUCUUCAGUUAGUGAUAACUGUACAGUUAAUUCAUUAUACAAAGACCACUCAUUUUGUCAUUUAGGAACUUCUGUAACAACACACUCAACUAAUUAUACCAUAGCAGUUUUUAUAAUCAAAUUUAACUCCUUUUAAUAACAAUAUUUCCACUAUAAAAAAAAGCCCAAAAAGAAGAAGAAAGAAGAACAUUCAAUAUAUCUAAUUUGAUAUCUUUGGUAGUUAUCUGCUUGAUUUAUAAAACACAGGAUUGGAAAGAAAUUUAGCAAAAGAA